CUCAGCCCAGACUUUCUCAUUUCACAAUCCAAGACCAAGGGGCAGCAAGCUAAGCAACUUAUUCCAAUCUGGCAUAAUGGAGAACAGAAGAAAGAAAGCCACUGCACUGCAGCCUUGCUAUCAUCCAACCCCCCCUCACUCACCCUCCCUUCCCAACCUAACGACAAUAAUCCACAAAUAAAUCCUCUUUGUCUUUUAGCCCUUUCCUCUCUCUUUUCAAUCCUCUCCUCCUCCUUAAAUCCCAUGCCCACGCUCCCAAUUCCCCCUCCAUUCUCCAUGCCUCUUCCACUUCCCCCCCCCCCCCCCCCCCCCCCCCCUCUCUCCUCUUUUCUUCUCCUUUUUCUCAUCUUUCUCCACCAGAAAGUUCCCCAGUUUAAUAUGCUCUCUGUAAAAUAAUCAACCCAAGAUUAUUCUUCUCGCUUUCAACAUUAUCCAUUAAUUAGGGCCAUUAUAAGAACUCAACAACCCAGUGAAUUUCUGUAUCAAGAAACCAAUACCCAUGUCCUAAAACCCCCAGAUUUCUCUCUCUCUCUCUCUCUCUCUCCCCACUUUCAUAUUUAUUUGGUUUCACUCUGUUGUGUAUAGACAAGAAAAUCCAGUAAUGGAGAUGAAAGAAUUUUGGACCACUUUGGCGACGUUAAUGGGGGCAUGGGCCUUCUUCCGAGGCAUCCUCUACACAAUCCUGCCGCCGGAGCUCCGCUUGGCGUCGCUGAAGCUCUUCCACCGCCUCUGCAACUGGUGCUCCGCCUACUGCUACUUCGACAUCGCCGAGAUCGACGGCGUCAACACCAACGAGCUCUACAGCGCCGCGCAGCUCUACCUCAGCACCUCCGCCGCCUCCGCCACCGGCACCACCAGCAGCCGCCGCCUCAGACUCACCCGCGCCACCAACUCCUCUGCCAUCACUUUCGGCCUCGCCAACAACGACCGCCUUGUCGACGUCUUCCGCGGCGUCCCCGUCCUCUGGGAGCACGUCGUCGCGCCGCGCCAAUCCCCCAACUUCUCGUGGCGCCCCCUCCCCGAGGAAAAACGCGGCUUCACUCUCCGCGUCAACAAGAAGCACAAAAACCUCGUCCUCGAAUCCUACCUCGACCACAUCAUCCUCAAAGCCAACUACAUCCGGAGAAAGAAUCAAGAUCGCUAUCUCUACACCAAUUCACGAGGUGUGUCCUUAGAUUCGCAUGCUCGCCCGUGGGAAUCGGUGCCGUUCAAGCACCCCAGCACGUUCGAGACCCUGGCAAUGGACCCGGCCAAGAAGCAAGAGAUCAUGGCCGAUCUCAAGGACUUUUCGCACGGCCAAUCUUUCUACCAGACGACUGGGCGAGCAUGGAAGCGAGGCUAUCUCUUGUACGGCCCGCCUGGAAGUGGAAAAUCGAGCAUGAUCGCGGCUAUGGCGAAUUACCUCGGGUACGAUAUCUAUGAUCUGGAACUGACCGAGGUAAACAACAACUCUGAUCUCAGGAAGCUCUUGAUGAAGACGAGGUCCAAGUCUAUUAUCGUGAUCGAGGACAUUGAUUGUUCCGUCAAUUUGACGAACAGGAAACGGAACAACGCACCAAGGCCUAGGCCGAACCCGAAUCCGAGCCCCAACGAGAAUGGACAAUCCGGAGACGAUAACGGAAACUCAGUCACCCUUUCUGGGUUGUUAAAUUUCACGGACGGGCUAUGGUCUUGCUGCGGGAGCGAGAGAAUUUUCGUCUUCACGACCAAUCAUGUGGAGAAGCUUGACCCGGCAUUGGUCCGGAGCGGAAGGAUGGAUAUGCACAUACUCAUGAGCUAUUGUUCGUUUCCGGCGUUGAUGAUUCUUCUGAAGAACUAUUUGGGGUAUGAAGAGGGCGAUUUGGACGAAGCGGUGGCGAGGGAAUUGGAGAAGCUGAUUGAGCAGGCGGAGAUGACGCCGGCUGAUAUCAGUGAGGUCUUGAUAAAGAACCGGAGGGAUAAGGAGAAGGCUGUGAGGGGAGUUCUGGAGGCUUUGAAGGCGAGGGCGGAGAGGGUGAGAGGGAAUAUGGAAGAGGAGGAGGCGCAAGAGAAGGAGCAAGAGCAAGAGCAAUAAUUAUGUUUAACGAGGAGGAGGCCCAAACAACCAGCCAAACCAUUUCACCUUUCUUUGUAAUGAACACCUUCUACUAAAUACUAUUACAAGUGGAGUAGUUAUUAAUUAGUUA